CAUCAACAUCAAACCACGUGAUAUUACAAAAAUUUUGAGGUUACUACCAAGUGAAACGUGUGUGCUCGUCUAAUAAUAAACAAACAUUCCAACACAUGUGAUCAAUUAAUAUUUAAUUUACUAACUGUCAUUUUUUCGAAAAUUAUAAUAAUGUUUAUUCUCACACAAUUUAAAGAUGUUGUCAAAAUACCGCCAUGGAAGUUUAAAAUAAAGUUGAAUGAUGCAAUAUCAGAGGAAUUGAACAGAAAACUUGCGAACAAAGUGUUUUUAAAUAUUGGUGUGUGUAUUGCAUUAUACGACAUCACUAAAAUUGAAGAAUCCUUUAUUUUUCCUGGAGAUGGAUCAUCCCAUACUAAAGUUGUCUUUCGCUACAUUGUAUUCAGACCUUUCAUGGAAGAAAUUCUUAUUGGAAAAAUACGCAGCUGCAAUCCUGAAGGUGUUACAGUAAGUCUUGGAUUUUUUGAAGACAUCAUAAUACCUCCAAAUAAACUUCAACAUCCCUCAAGAUUUGAUCAAACUGAACAAGUUUGGGUCUGGGAGUACGACACCGGUGAUGGAGAAAAACACGACCUGUUUAUGGACAUCGGCGAGCCACUGAGAUUUAGGAUCGUAAGUGAAUCUUUUGUGGAAACUUUUCCUGAAGGACCUAAGGAUGUUACUGAUUCUACUACAAAGUCUGAUAAAAGUAUUUCACCCUACGUUUUAAGUGGCGCGAUUGAUGAACCAGGUUUGGGAUUACUUUCUUGGUGGGAAAAUACAUAGAAUAAUUAUUUAGAGUUAUAAACAUAGAAUAUAUUUAUACACAUACAUAUAUUUAUGACUUAAACCAGCAGACAACCGGCAUUUAUUUGAUUUUUAUAUAAGCAAAUUCAGUAUUAAUGAAAGUAAUGAAUUUUAAAUGCAUAUUUAAAUCCAAAUUUUUCGCGCUCCCGUGUUAAAAAAAUUUAUUAAGAAGAUUUCAAAAACGUUCGACAUAUGGACCUUCUACUGGAGACCGAUUAGAACUUCGAGUGGAACUUUUGUAAUUUUGAUAAAAAAGAAAAAGUUUAUCUGGGACUUUCUAUAAGUGAAUUUUAAGUCAAAGAAGAAUUUUUUUAAAACAUUUCUCUAAACGUAUUUGGUUCCAUGACAACUGAUCCCCGACAAGUGAUCACACGAUAAUGGAUCCCACAGACAACUGAUCCCACUGACAAAUUCAUAAAAUAAUUAAUUAUUAAUUAAUUACUAUGACAUAAGUAAUUAAAAUUCACUGCUGUAAAUAUAAAGAGUUGCAUUAUAUAAAUUAGUUGUUGAUAAAAAUCAAUUGAUGAUCAAUUGUUGAUGGGAUCAGAUGUCGGUGGGAUCAAUUGUAGGGAUCACUUGUCGUGGUAUAAAAUUGUUGGAAUCAGUUGACGGCACACCAACGUAUUUUUACUACAUUUUAUCCUCGUUCCGAUAAAGUUCCCAUCAUAAACCAAUAGCUCCAUAAAAAUAAAAAAACGUUCAUAUGAAGUCCUAAAUAAACUUUUUUUUUUAUGAUCCUGACGUUAGCAGACAUUGUAAUUUUCGAAUUUUUUUUUCAAUAAAUCAAUUCCAAAAAAAAUGAAUAAAUAAAUAAAAUCAACAUAUGCACGUGUAGAAAAUUUAAAAAACUACAGGUGCAAUUAAAAUUUUUUUUUUUAUAAUUUAUCGUUUUGAAAAAAAUCUAAAAAUUACUAGACGUCGGCUAACUUCAGUAUCAUUUUUUUAAAUAUCAAAAUUACAAUAUUUCAAAAAAGGUUCCACUUAAAGUUCUAAAUUAGUAUGAAUGUAGCAGACAUUAGACAAAUUUAAAAUUAUUA